UUCCCAGCAAUAGCAAUCACUGGCCACCCCCAUUGGCCAGGCUGUCCCUCCCACAAGCCCUGGGCCCCUCCCACCCACAUACCAGAUAAGGCCUGCCCAGCACUGCUUCAUCUGGCAGUAGGCACUGGGCUGGAAUGGGGCCGCCCGGCUCCCCAUGGCAGUGGGUACUGCUGCUGCUGGGGCUGCUGCUCCCCCCUGCCACCCCCUUCUGGCUCCUCAAUGUGCUCUUCCCCCCGCACACCACGCCCAAGGCUGAGCUCAGUAACCACACUCGGCCCGUCAUCCUCGUGCCUGGCUGCCUGGGGAAUCAGCUUGAAGCCAAGCUGGAUAAACCGGAUGUGGUGAAUUGGAUGUGCUACCGCAAGACAGAGGACUUCUUUACCAUCUGGCUGGAUCUCAAUAUGUUUCUACCCCUUGGAGUGGACUGCUGGAUUGAUAACACCAGGGUUGUCUACAACCGCAGCUCUGGACGUGUAUCCAAUGCCCCUGGUGUACAGAUCCGUGUCCCUGGCUUUGGCAAGACCUACUCUGUUGAGUACCUGGACAGCAACAAGCUAGCAGGUUAUAUGCAUACACUGGUACAGAAUCUGGUCAACAACGGGUACGUGCGGGAUGAGACAGUGCGGGCUGCCCCCUAUGACUGGCGGCUGGAGCCCAGCCAGCAAGAGGAGUACUACCAGAAGCUGGCUGGGCUGGUAGAAGAGAUGCACGCCGCUUAUGGGAAGCCCGUCUUCCUCAUUGGACACAGCCUUGGCUGCCUGCACUUGCUUUAUUUCUUGCUACGUCAACCUCAGUCCUGGAAAGACCGCUUCAUUGAUGGCUUCAUCUCUCUUGGGGCUCCCUGGGGUGGCUCUAUCAAGCCCAUGCUGGUCUUGGCCUCAGGUGACAACCAGGGUAUCCCACUCAUGUCCAGCAUCAAGCUGAGAGAGGAGCAGCGCAUAACAACGACUUCCCCUUGGAUGUUUCCCUCCCGCCAUGUGUGGCCUGAGGAUCAUGUAUUUAUUUCCACGCCAAGCUUCAACUACACAGGCCGUGACUUCCAACGCUUCUUUGCAGACCUGCGCUUUGAAGAAGGCUGGUACAUGUGGCUACAAUCACGUGACCUGCUGUCAGGACUCCCAGCACCUGGUGUUGAAGUAUACUGUCUGUAUGGUGUGGGCCUGCCCACUCCACGCACUUACAUCUACGACCAUGGCUUCCCCUACACGGACCCUGUGAAUGUGCUUUAUGAGGACGGCGAUGACACAGUUGCCACACGAAGCACUGAACUCUGUGGCCAUUGGCAGAGCCGCCAACCACAGCCUGUACACCUGCUGCCCCUGCACGGGACACAGCACCUCAACAUGGUCUUCAGCAACCAGACACUAGAGCACAUCAAUGCCAUCCUGCUGGGUGCCUACCGCCAUGGCACCCCUGCACCCCUGACUGCCAGCCCAGAGCCCCUGCCCCCUGAAUAAAAAACUUUUGCUGCUGUAGCCCUGUAUGCUGUGGCUUGAAGGGGAGGCUCUACGAGGGUCCCCACAAGAGGAUUCAUGCAUUACUAGCCACAGACCAGUGCUCAGUGAAGCAUGAGGCAAGAUGGGCUCUGCUAAGAUCUGAAGCUGAACUGGACACUGAGAUGUGCAGCUUACUAUUCUGGUUGAGCUAUUCAGGCAGCCUGCCCUUACCUGCCUUUGUGUUGUGCAUGGGAACUGCAGUCAGCUGUACUUGCAGCUAUAGAAUGGAUGUACAGGGAGAGGAUGACUUCAUCUAUCCCUCCCAGCUCCAAAAGGGUAGAUGAGAUGGCUUUUUGAGUGUGGGGUAGAUGGAAAAUGUACAAGAGUUCAGAAUCUGGGGGCUCAGGAGUGCAGCUUAGUAGUAAUAUAAGGCCCUGGAUUCAAUCCCAAGCACCAAAAAAAAAAAAAAAA